UCUUGUUUUCCCAUUGAAAUGGCGGCUUCGAGCCCGGAUCGCAGCUCCGAUGGGGGAGAGGCCGAGCCUGGGACAGAAUCCGAGCCCGAUACGGAUCCCUGGGCGGGACUGGGACCGAUCGUUAAAAGGGAGCCGGUGGUUAAGCUGGUGAGUCCGGUGAGCGGGUUGGAGCCGCUCGCAUGGUCGGAGGACCACCGCCUCUCGGCCUCCAGCACCAGUAACAUCUCCCUGAUGGAGAUCGUGUGCGACGUCCACAGCUGCGGCCAGGACCUGGCCAUCCACCGCACGUCCAUCCCCGCUCCGGACACUAACUGCGUACUCAAGGUGGGCCCAGAGCAGGAGGUGAUGGAGGCCAGGGAGAAGCUGUCUGGCUCCAAGGGCCCGUCGGUGAGCCAGGGUCUGCUGCUGGACCCAGCCUCCGCUCCGCCGCCCAGCGGCUUCAAGUAUACCAGCUGGUCGCCACUGGGCUGCGACGCCACCGGCCGCUGCCUGCUGGCCUCCCUCACCCUCGACAACCGGCUCACCGUCCAUGGCAACAGCAGCCGGCUGCAGUGGAGCCCCCUGGUGGACCUGACGGAGCUGUACGGUGAGAUGCUGGCGGAGAAGGACUUCUGCGUACCUGGGGGGGAGGCGGCGCGGGGCGCUCCGGACGACGCGGCCGAGCUGCAGCGGCGUGUGCUCAUGCAGACGCCCGUGCGCAUGGAGUGGUCCAGCGUGUGCGCCACGCAGCAGGUGCAGACCAACAACGAGUGCAAAGACGUGGGCACUGUGCUGCUGGCUGUGCUGAUGCAGAGCGGAGACCUGGCUGUCUGGCACUUCCGCCUGCCCUUCCAGGGCCGCGAGUCGGUGGUGUCCUGCAGCACGCUGCGCUCGGGCGUGGCCUCCCCCAGCGUGCUGGCCUGGUGGGAGUACGAGCACGGCGGGCGUAAGAUGAGCGGCCUGAUCGUGGGCAGCGCGGUGGGGCCCGUGCGCAUCCUGCCCGUCAACCUGAAGGCGGUGAAGGGCUACUUCACACUGCGGCAACCCGUGGUGCUGUGGCAGGAGACGGACCAGAUCCCCGUGCAUAACAUCAAGUGUCUGUCGCUCUUCCACCCCUACCAGAAAUGCAACUGCAGCCUGGUGGUGGCGGCGCGCGGCUCCUACCUUUUCUGGUGUCUGCUGCUGAUCUCCAAGGCCGGGCUGAACGUGCACAACUCGCACGUGACCGGCCUGCACUCCACGCCCAUCACCUCCAUGACUGCUGGCCGCCGCGGCGGCUCCGUCUACACCUGCUCGGCCGACGGCGUCGUCAAGAAGCUGACGCCCAUCUUCACGGACGCGGCAGUCAUGUUCAAGCAGGAACAGAUCGAGCUGCCUGAGGGCGUGGCCGGCCGCCGCACGCACGGCAUCGCCGUCAGCCCCAACGGCGCCUACCUGGCACUGGUCACCACGGAGACGGGCGGCCGCGGCUACCAGGUGCAGUUUGUGACGCUGAAGACGCCGGACGACGCAGCGGCUGAGCUGCUGGAGUCCAGCGUGCAGAAUCUGUUCCGGCAGACGGACCUGCUGGACCUGCUGCGCUGGAAGGUGUUGCGGGACCGCCGCAUCCCGCCGGCCCUGCAGGAGGAGCUGGAUGACAAGGUGCACGCCUCUGGCUCCGCCUACCUGUGGCGCUUCAAGCUCUUCCUGUUCCGCGUGCUCUACCAGUCGCUGCAGAAGGCGCCGGCCGAGCCGCGCUGGCGGCCCUCGCACGAGAGUGCCAAGGCCUUCAUCCCGGACGACGAGGAGGAGGAGGGCGAGGAGGCGGCCGUCGGGGCCUCUGCCGAGGGGGCGGGGUUACAGGGCCCCGAGGGCGGGGCCUCAGAGGACCAGAUGAGCGAGAUCAUCGCCUGGAUCGAGGCGGUGGAGUCGCACCUGACGCGCGAGCACAUGAAAAGGGUGCUGGGACAGGUGUACUUGCACACCUGGAUCACUGAGAACACCAGCAUCCCCACCAGGGGCGUGUGCGACUUCCUCAUGAGCGACCCCACCUACGAAGACAGGGCGGCCAGGGUUCUGAUUGGCCACAUCUUUAAGAAGAUGAAUAAGCAGACGUUCCCGGAGUACUGCAGUCUGUGCAGGGAGGUGCUGCCUUUCACCGACCGCAGACAGGCCGUGUGCAGCAACGGGCACAUGUGGCUCAGGUGUGUGCUGACGUACCAGGCCUGCCAGACGCUGUCCCAUCGCCGCUGCCUCCUACAGGACAGCAUCGCCAGACACGCCACGCCUGAGGAUCCAGACUGGAUUAAACGCAUCCUCCAGGGACCCUGCACCUUCUGCGACUCCCCGCUUUUCUAGGUGGCAGGCAUGGCGGGGUGGGCGGGGCCAGACUGCGGGACUCACCUCUCACUCACUCAUCAUGCAUUACCCCUAUCUGUUUGUUCAUAAUGUCCUUCCCCGUUCGGGGAGAACGGUCAAUUAAACACGAUCCCUUUUCCUAAAGCGAGUUUCAGUGUAAAACCUCAGACCUGGAAUUCUGGGUAAAAGUGAAAGGGCAGAGAGAAGCAGACCCAUCUGCCCUGAGAUGGGUGUCUCCGCAGUGAUGCAUGGAUGGAGCCUGUAGCUUUUUCUUUCCUGUUUUUCCAUCACUGCCGUUUGGGAGCAAUAUGCAGAGCUUCCAAGUGCCACCUUCCUUUAACGGGCACUUUCCCUAAUUGGCCUCUGUAAAUUGGCGUGGAACAGACACUUUGCACGCCGCUCAAUUCCUGCACUACAAGGAAGACUUCAUAUGAAUGAGAAGAGCGAGAGAGCGGGGCUCCCCAGGGUCUGCUCUAAUGAGACUCCGCGGUAAUGAGGGAGUGAUUCGGCAGGCAGAUGUGAGUGUUUUUAAUUACAGGGGUUAGAGUGCAUAUUGUUAUAUAUGAUUAACCCUUCUCUCAGAAGGGCUGCCAUGUGUGUCUGCUCUGCCUUUUCCCCGGCCGUCUCUGCUACAUGCAGGUUAGUGGCUCCUGAUCAAAGUACACUCCCACCUCAGAACCCCUGCCUGCCACAUCACCACCGCAGGGCCUGGGACGAGGGCGGGGCCUGGGCCUGAUCACCAGGCUGAGAGAGACGCUGGAGUGAGACACACACACACACACACACACAGUACAGCAGUGAGAGACAGUCUCUCACACACA